CUCCACCCAAUAUCUCUUGCAUUACAUUCCAUCAUGUCUAACAUCCAUAUUACAUACUUUAUCUUUACUUUCCUUCUCCAAAGUAGCCUUAGAGUUUUAGCGAUACACCCACUCUAUCAUUUUUGUUCAUCUACCUCCGGGAAUUUCACUUCCAAUACCAUAUAUGAAAAGAACCUUAAUGCACUCUUGGGUGCUCUAGAGAGAGAUAUUUCUCCAUUGGGAUUUUCGCGCGCCGUAUCUCGUAUGCAUCCAUCUUGGUUUUUUGGAAUCGCUCUCUGCCGAGGAGAUGUAAAAUCCUCGAAGUGUAACGCGUGUGUUCGGGAUGCUAGUAUCGAACUUCGCAAGAGUUGCCCUUAUAACAAAGGGGCAACUAUAUGGUAUGACAAUUGCUUGUUGAAGUAUUUAGACCAAAGUUUCUUUGGUAAAAUUGAUACCAAAAACAAAAUUUAUUUGUUGAACGUUGCUAACGUAAGUCAUGAUCCUAAUGUGUUUAACCAAAAUGUUAAGACAUUAUUGAGUAAGUUAGCUCUCGAGAGUGCUAAAACUAAGGAAUUUUUCUCAUUUGGAAAAAUGAAGCUCGAUGCAUUUACAAACUUGUACGGGUCAACUCAAUGUACCCAAGAUUUGACGAAUAAAGCUUGCAAAUUUUGCUUGGAUGAAGCCAUACGUGAGCUACCAAAUUGUUGUUAUGGAAAGAGAGGAGCGAGAGUAAUGGGUGGGAGUUGUAACGUGAGAUAUGAGUUAUACCCUUUUGUCAAUUCCUAGAAAUUUAAGAUUCUGUCAUCAACCUUUAUUAUAUGGCUAGAUGUAUUUUAUUCUUUAUUGUUCAACUCAUUGAGAGAUUUUUCAAUGAUUAAUUUCAAUAAAUUUAUUUUUGGAUA